GCAGCAGGCGUGGAUGGGUCAAAUGCUUCCCCAGUCUCGGAGACAGAAACAAGCAAGCAGAGACCAAGGCGCUGUGGGAGAGCAGCACUCCCCUGCAUGCGGAAAAGGGGAAGGGGGUGGAGGUUGCUGCUACAAGAAAAAAAAAACAGCCACAGCAGAGCUUCAACUGCCGCCAAAGGUGGGGGCAACUGGGAGAGGAGUUACAGCCGCUGCCCAGGAGGUGCAAAGGGGCCCCCCGCUCCGGAGAGGCGGGCGGUCAGCACCCUGCGCACAAGGAGCCCCCUGGGCAGGAGCCAUGACAUGGCCACCUCCCUGCUGGCUGUGCAUCCUGGGGGCCCUGGCGGGCCUCUCGGCUACCUCAGCCACCAAGAGCUGUCCAAGGAGGCACUACUGGGCUCAGGGCGAACGGUGCUGCCGGAUGUGUGACCCAGGGACAUUCUUGGUGAAGGACUGUGAUGAGCACGGAGAGGCUGCCCAGUGUGAACCGUGUGUCCCCGGGGUCUCCUUCUCUCCGGACCACCACAGCCGGCACCACUGUGAGAGCUGUCGGCACUGCAACUCUGGUCUUCUCAUCCGUAACUGCACCAUCACCAGCAAUGCCAAGUGCACCUGCCCCAGUGGCUGGCACUGCAGGGACGAAGAGUGUACCGAGUGUGACCCUCCUCCACGCCCCUUGGUGACCGCUCCUCCUUCUCAGGACCCAGGCCCACACCCACAGCCCACCCACUUACCUUAUGUCAAAAAGUGGCCAGCGGCCAGGACACACAGGCCUGCGCAGACCCCGGCUGACUUGAGACAGCUGCCUGCCCCAGUUCUCCCUACCCACUGGCCACCCCAGAAGACCCUGUGCAGCUCCGACUGCAUCCGCAUCACUGUGAUCUUCUCCGGAAUGUUUCUUGUUUUCACCCUGGGCGGAGCCCUGUUCCUCCAUCAACAAAGAAAAUAUGGAUCAAACAAAGGAGAAAGCGCUGCGGUGCCCGCAGAGCCUGGUCCUUACAGCUGCCCCAGGGAGGAGGAAGGCAGCGCCAUCCCCAUCCAAGAGGCUUACCGGAAGCCCGAACCUACUUCCUACCCCUAAGCCUGCGCUGGGGCCGGGGUGGGAGGACGAGACGGGGGCGGUGGGGUCAUCGCUGCAAGAAAGCCCCCACCUCCAUCCACCCCACCGGUCAACCAGAGCGCGCAAGACCUGGCAGCCCCAGUGUUGGGACCACCCUGUCAUCAGGACCCUUUCCCGUGUCCAGGCUUGACCUUUUUGAGACCGGCAGUGACAAGGACAGGAGCCCUGGGUGUGCCCUGGCCCAGCCUGCUUUGCCCCUGCGCUGCAAAACCCAGUCCUAGCCUGGAAAGCUGCAUGUGCUGUAUCGCUGACGUGCAAAAUAAAGUGAGGGACUGCCGCA